AUGGCUAUGGCUUUCUCGUUCUUUUCCCUGGUAUACAAGAAUCAGUUUGCGGUGGUGUACGCCCCAAGUUGCGACACUAAGGGUGAAUUGUGGACUCGAGCGAUCCGCUUCAUCCUGGCUUGUCUGAUUUCUGCAGAGUUCACUGUCAUGGGCGUUUUGGCAAUCAAAGAAGCCGCAGUAGUAGCACCAUUGAUGUUGCCUUUGUUCAUUGGUACAAUCCUAUUCUGGUGUUACCUCGAGGAGCGUCAUUUCAAAGUGGCAUCAUCUUCACCGGCCAAAGUCUUCGUCCCCAUUGAUCGUGAGCGAGGUGAAGGGUUCGUGAGCGCUUCGUAUACUGGGUGUUACAAACCUGUUGCUAUGCGACAGAGGAACUUACAAGCUGAUGUACCUCAGGGAGUAAGAACUGUUACUGAUUGCCUUGAGGAUAUGUCUACACCUCUGGGGGAAGACUCCGCUUGA